AUGACUUCAAAUAAUGUCCUAAAAGCGAGUGAGAUCUUUGAAGGUCAAGUUCACUUGUACAAACACUUGUAUGCUCAUGCAAUAGAUUGUAUGAGUAUCAAAUGGAUGAUUGAGCUUGGCAUACCAGACAUAAUCCACAACCAUGGUCAACCCAUUUCAUUUCCAAAGUUGGUGUCCAUUCUACAAAUUCCUCCAAGUAAAGUUAGAGGCGUGAAGAGUCUGUUACGCUACCUGGCACACAAUGGAUUCCUUCAGAUUCUAAGAGUCAAUCACAACACAGAAGAAAACGAAGGAUAUGCUCUAACUGCUGCAUCACAGCUUCUUGUCAAAGGCACUGACCAUUGUCUUGCACCAAUGGUAGAGUAUGUAACUAACCCAAAUGCAGCACAUGUAUGGUCUCACUUGAAGAAGUGGACUUAUGAGGAUGAUCUUACACUGUUUGAUGUCUCCCUAGGAUCAACUAUUUGGGACUUUCUUGGUAAAAACCCAGCAAUGAACGAGUCGUUCAAUGAGGCAAUGGCCAGUGAUUCUCAGAUGAUGAACCUGGCAUUAAGAGGUUGCAAUUGGGUGUUCGAAGGAGUGGAGUCCAUUGUGGAUGUCGGAGGUGGAACCGGAACCACAGCCAAGGCUAUCUGUGAUGCAUUUCCUAACGUGAAAUGCAUUGUGUUUGAUCGUCCACAGGUUGUGGAGAAGUUGUCGGGAACCAGCAAUUUGACAUAUGUUGGCGGUGACAUGUUCGAAUCUAUUCCCAAGGCUGAUGCAGUUCUACUCAAGUGGAUUUUGCAUGAUUGGAAUGACGAGGAUUGUAAGAAGAUAUUAGAAAAUUGCAAAGAAGCUAUUUCUGGUAAAGGAGAAAGAAGAAAAGUAAUUGUGAUAGAGAAUGUGAUAAACGAAGGGCAAGAUGAGCAGGGAGUUACUGGACUAAAGCUCGCCUUGGAUGUGAAAAUUACAUGUCUUCUUAAUGGAAAAGAAAGAAGAGAAGAAGAAUGGGAGAAACUGUUCGUGGAAGCAGGGUUCGGAAGCUACAAAAUAUCUCCUUUCACAGGAUGUUUGUCUCUUAUUCAGAUCUGUCCCUGAUUACUGAACUUAUAGUGAUGCAUUUCUUCAAAGCAUGUUAUUGAAUUAACAAGGUCGCAAUGCUUAUUUUCCCUUAUCGGUUAAUGAUAGUAAGAAAAUGCGACCAGAAUAAAAAGAAGAAUUGAUAGGAACAAGAGUAGAAAUAUGAAAUUUGAUGG